CCGAAGGUCAGCGGUUUCCUGUGAGUUCUGGUUAUGAUAUAGCGACUAGAAGGGAUAGAGGUAGGGGGUCACAACUUGUGACACAAACCGCUGCACAGCACACACAUAUAGGUUGGCAUGUACACACGGAGACUAUGAUACAUGCAGCUGCACAGGAGACACAUAUACCCAGGCUGUGAUACAUACAAUUGUACAACACACAGACAUACAUACUCAGAACACAGGCUAUAAUACAGCUGCUCAACACAUAGACACAUACCAACAUAGCUGGGAUAGACAAAAUCCAUAGACACAUAUCAACAUAGCUGGGAUAGACAAAACCCAUAGACACAUAUCAACAUAGCUGGGAUAGACAAAACAGCACAGUACACACACAUGUAUAUGGGCAGCAAUACAUGUGCAACUAAUGCAAUAAGGGGGGCAAGUACACACAGCUGCAAGAAGACUAGCAUAUACAUACAGCUGCAAGAAGACUAGCAUAUACAUACAGCUGCAAGAAGACUAGCACAUACACAUAUACACACAGCUGCAAGAAGACUAGCAUAUACACACAACUGCAAGAAGACUAGCACAUACACAUAUACACACAACUGCAAGAAGACUAGCAUAUACACACAGCUGCAAGAAGACUAGCAUAUACACACAGCUGCAAGAAGACUAGCAUAUACACACAGCUGCAAGAAGACUAGCAUAUACACACAGCUGCAAGAAGACUAGCAUAUACACACAACUGCAAUAAGACUAGCAUAUACACACAACUGCAAGAAGACUAGCAUAUACACACAGCUGCAAGAAGACUAGCAUAUACACACAGCUGCAAGAAGACUAGCAUAUACACACAACUGCAAUAAGACUAGCAUAUACACACAACUGCAAGAAGACUAGCAUAUACACACAGCUGCAAGAAGACUAGCAUAUACACACAACUGCAAUAAGACUAGCAUAUACACACAGCUGCAAGAAGACUAGCAUAUACACACAACUGCAAUAAGACUAGCAUAUACACAUAUACACACAGCUGCAAGAAGACUAGCAUAUACACACAACUGCAAGAAGACUAGCAUAUACACACAACUGCAAGAAGACUAGCAUAUACACACAACUGCAAGAAGACUAGCAUAUACACACAACUGUACACAACUGCAAGAAGACUAGCAUAUACACACAACUGCAAGAAAACUAGCAUAUACACACAACUGUACACAACUGCAAGUAGACUAGCAUAUACACACAACUGCAAGAAGACUAGCAUAUACACACAACUGCAAGUAGACUAGCAUAUACACACAACUGUACACAACUGCAAGUAGACUAGCAUAUACACACAACUGUACACAACUGCAAGUAGACUAGCAUAUACACACAACUGCAAGAAGACUAGCAUAUACGCACAUCAGAUAUCACAAACACAAUAAUAGCACAAGCACACACAUACACACAAUAAUACAAAAAAAGCCACAUAGAUACAACAAAGAACAUGACAAACAUAUAGGUAAAGUGUGCAGUUGCCCCCCUCAGCUGCAUGAGGUAAUAUACAGACGGAUAUUCACUAGAUAUAUAAGUGCCCUAUAGAGCAGCACACUAGGCAGUGACAUGGAGGAGGUGGACAGGAUCCUCAUCCAUACCCUGCGGUCCUGUGGCACGGAAGUCCCAGAAGAGGUGCAGAGUGUGCGUCAUUUCUCCACAGAGCUUAUAGUGGAAGCCGUUGUGCGAUGUCUGCGAGUCAUAAACCCCUCCCUCAGCGCCAGUCUGAGCCACGUUCUGCCUCCUGGCAUGUCCGCACGAUUCCGCAUAGGGAGCAGUUUGGCGCAGGCCUGUCAGGAUCUGGGUUAUCCAGGAGAUGUUGGCUACCAGACUUUUCUCUACAGCAGUGAGCCUGACAUCCGAGCGCUUCUGAUCUUCCUGGCUGAGAAGCUUCCCCGAGAUGCCCCAGAGGACGCACAUCAGCCAGCAGGUAAAUCAGCUGCUGUUCAGAGAGAUAUUGCAGCUAAGAUAAAGCAGCAGCUGUCGGUCCCCUGGCUACCACCAUUAUGUAGAACAGCCAGUGUCCAGCGAUCCCAGAGCUCAUGCCGGUUGCAUCGUUUUCACGCUCAGGCCCUAACAAUACCCAGCAGUCCUUCCGUGCAGUCUGUCCCAGCUGAAAGAAAGGAGUAUUGGUCACAACACGCGCCUCUGGUCACCGCCCAGGUGCCUCAUGUAUCGUCUCUAGUUGCUUCUUUGCUGGAGAGAAAUAUCUCCGACCUCAGUGCAGUGCAGGAGUGGGAGACCGAGUGGAAAAGCCAAGGUCUGGCCUCUCGUUUGUCUCCAGAGGAUUACCGUAGCAGGAAGCAGCAGCGACUACAGAAGAAGAUCCAGGACCAGCUCCGCCAGCACAGCCAGAAUCUCUCUGAGAAUCAGUCACUGGCUACCACACCUCAGGACCGCGCAGAUACGCUGGAACAGAACAAGGGAUCUAGAUUUACACGUGUUCAACGGUUCACCUACCAGCAGGAUCCACAGACCCUAAAGGAGCAGAUGCAGAGAGUAGCAGAGGUCCUGCCCAAGAAAGAUGCCAAGGAUGAAGACAAAGAGCGGCAGGAGCUUAGUUCGUUGCAGCAGCAGAUAGACGCCAUAGAGCAGGAGAUCCGAGGGCUACGUGAGAGCAGCAAACUGCUACAGCUCUCUGUGACCCAGGUUGAAGGUGAGGGCAGCGAAAUGCGUCGGCAAUGUGAAGAGAAAGAAAAUGUAAUCAAAGUGAAGAAGCGAGCUGUGGAACUGUUGCCAGACGCAGACAACAACCUCACAAAGUUACAGGCUCUAGUGGACAGCAGUGCUCUUCGGAUGGUGAACCUUGUGGGACAGUGGGAAUCGCAUCGUGUGCGACUGCUGGAGGAUUACAGGCAGAUGCGCCAAGCCCAUCAGGAGCAGGAGGAUGAGUCUUCCCGUUGGAUGAGAGAUUUUAAAGAUUUGUAUGAAAAGAUCAGAACAUCAGCCGAUGAAGCGAAACGCAAGGAAGAGCUGUACAAGCAGCUGGUAUCGGAAUAUGAAUCUCUUCCCCGUGAGGUAUCAAGAGCAGCUUACACCCAGCGCAUACUGGAGAUAGUCAGCAACAUUAAGAAGCAGAAGGAAGAGAUAACUAAGAUCCUAUCGGACACUAAGGAUUUGCAGAAAGAAAUAAACAAUCUUACAGGCAAGGUGGACCGGACAUUUGUGGUGACGGACGAGUUGAUAUUUAAGGAUGCCAAAAAGGAUGAGCCGGUCAGGAAGGCGUACAAAUAUCUGGCGGCACUUCAUGAGAACUGCGGCCAACUAAUCCAGACCAUUGAAGACACAGGAACGAUCCUCCGAGAAAUCCGCGAUCUGGAGGAGCAGAUAGAGACUGAGACAGCUAAGAAGACAUUGAGCAAUCUGCAAAAAAUUCUAGAAGAUUACAAGGCCAUUAAGCAGGAGAACGCUCUACUGUUGAGUCAGAUCAGAGAGAAUUAGGGGCUUGUCACCCUAAGCUCAGUUUGUAUACUGUCUGCCUUAUAUACAAGUCAUAACAUGGAAAUUCCACCCAUCUUAUACUCAUCUACCCUCUUCUUUCCCCUCACAAAAUGUACUAUAAUAUUACCAGCUAACUAAAUAAAAGACAUCUUGGCACAUA